CUCAAACGGUUGUUACGCGUCCUCCCGGCCGGUAGAUGGCAACACCGUUUCCGUGACAACCACUUGAGUUUUGAAGAGACACUCGAGUGCACGUUUGCGCACACACAUUCACACAGCUCUUAGUUUACGUGUUAACCACGUUUCGCGGUGAACGCAACACCUUUUUGACUAACUUUUCGUCCACCGGACUCUUCGCGUCCCUGACAAGGAGACGAAACAUGUCGACAGUCUUCUCCUUCCAGACACAGCUCGUCUCCAUCAUGGACGCGUUAUCCAAAACAGCUGUACUGGAAAUAAGCAAACUGGUCGAGAUCGAGUCGAAGAUGCUCAAAAUCGAGAUAACUCGCGGGCGGAACGAAGUCACCUCGCUCACGGAGAAGCUGCAGCUGAUGGAGAAACUGCUUUACAUGGCGCAGGGGGGCAGGACGCAGGACGCGGCGGCGGUGGGGGACGCCUCGGAGGACUCCGGGCUGCAGCCGGACAGGACCAGACCUUCCAUGAAAGGUUUGUGGCGUUCCAGUGAAGGUCCGUGGGAAAGCACCGCUUCCUCCACCGAGGUGAGCAAAUGGCAUCGUCUUCAAGCUGAAGAGCAUCCCAUAGCCGAGCUGGCAAACCCGCUGAGGGAGACGCCAGAACUCAUCGUGGUAAAGGAAGAGCCGUUGGAGGUGGAUAACAGUGAAUGUGCACAACAACGGACAAGUGAAAACAGAGGGGAAGCAUUCACAGAAACCCAGAAUAGUUCAGAAGGGAUGCAGUGUCGGCAACCUGUCACAGAUCGCCUGCAGCCUCUGUUUACCGACAGCUUCGUGACCAUGAGCAGCCACUCGUCCCUCGCUGGACAUGGGAGGAAGGAAACGCAGUGGAAUCCCCAUCUUGCACCUGCACACACAAACCAAGUGGCUGGGAAAAGCCCGGCUCCAAAUGUUGCGUCCCAAAGCUUAAGUGCGCUCAGGAAUAUGAAACUUCACAACUUGAGGAACUCUGCUGCAAAGAGGUUUGGCUGCUUGCAGUGUGGUAAGAGCUUCAGAUGCUUUAGCCAGCUUGAAAUACACCAGAGGAGCCACACAGGGGAGAAACCCUUCAGGUGCACGCUGUGCGGAAAGAGAUACUCUCAAAAAGGACAUUUGUACACACACCAGCGGACACACACUGGGGAGAAGCCCUACCGCUGUCCUAUUUGUGGAAAGGGCUUUAUUCAGAAAUGCACUCUGGAUAUGCAUCAGCGUACACACACCGGAGAAAAACCUUUUGUUUGUAGCAGAUGUGGCAAGGGCUUUACCAAGAACUGCAAUCUCAAAAAACACCUUGCUGUGCAUCUGGAUCCUAGUUUUAACAUGUACGGCAGUGAAUCUAGCGUGCCCACAUUUAGCGGGACAUUUGUAAACGGAACCACCUAAAAAACGCAACCAAAUGUGACUUCUACUGCUAUUCAAUUGAAAUAUUAUGUACAAAAUAAUAUCACCUUUGCUCCAGAUUUAAGUGUGUAUCACCUGAUGGGAUGAAAUCUAUGUCAACGUGUUAUAUUAUGCCUUGAUGUUGUGCUACUGUAUAAAUAAUAAAAAGGUUACAGUAUAAAACACAACAUUGUAAACUGAGCCCAAAGCCUGCACAAAUCAAUAAAUCUUGUUUUAUUAAUUGCUGUUGAUGCCUUAUAGGCAGAAAACAGUACUCUGUGCAGAAAAGGGGUUGACAAUCAACAACUAAAAUAACAAAAAAUGUCUCUUUGAGCAGGCACUACUUCAGGGGAGUUGUUCAGGAGUCAAUGCAAUGAAUGAAUGUAAUCUUCCUCACCUGGAUCACAAAGGAGACAGCCACGACAUUUAUUUAUUAGGGAGCAUGAGUAAAUGGGCCAAAGAUGGCAAACACCUAGAUCCAGUGUUUAGAACGUGUCUCUUCUCUUCUCACAUGAUUUGGAAACAUUACAUGAACCGUAAAGCCCGAAGAACACUGUUUUUUUCCCCCCUACAACCUUGAUUACUAGGAUUACGUUGUUGUAACACGAUUGGUUGAAAGUACUUUAGAUAUAUAUUUUAAUAAACAUGUUAUGAUAUCUGUUGGA